AUACUCAAUACUCCAAAAAAAAAGUCAUGCCGCCUACUUUCUCUAGCCAGCGUUCUUCUUCUCCUCCUCCUCCUCCUCAGCAUCACUACUCACCCAAGAAAACCAAGCCAUCCCUCCUAAAAACCACCUUCAACUCCGUCAAAUCUCAGCCGGGCUUCCGCCUGACCGGCUGGCUCGUCAUUACACUGAUUUUCCAAGCCUUGAUUAUCGUCUUCUUUCUCCGAGAUUCCUCUUCUGCACCAGCGCCCUGGGAUCUGCAGCGCUUUCAAGCGCCUACUGAUAAAGAAUGCAAAUUCGGUAGAAUCUAUGUUUAUGAUCUUCCUCCUGAAUUCAAUGCUGAUUUGUUGAAGAACUGCAAUGACUUGGACCCGUGGAAGUCACGGUGCAAUGCAGUCUCCAACGGUGGUUUCGGCCCAAAAGCCACCAAUCUCGGCGGUGUUGUGCCCGAGAAUCUCCUGCCCGCGUGGUACUGGACGGAUAUGUACAUAGGGGAAGUGAUAUACCACGUUAGGGUGAUGGAUUACAAGUGUCGAACGCUCGAUCCUUUGCAAGCUACAGCGUUUUAUGUACCGUUUUAUCCAGGACUUGCUGUUGGGAAGUACUUAUGGUUCAACUACACAUCCAAAGAUCGCGAUCGUCCCAGUGAAAUGUUGCUGGAUUGGCUUACCAAACAGCCCUAUUGGAAGAAAAGCAAUGGGGCGGAUCAUGUAUUUGCAUUUGGUAGAUUAACGUGGGAUUUUCGAAGGCAAACGGAUAAGGAUACUGAUUGGGGCACUAGUUUUAUUUACAUGCCAUUGAUGAAGAAUGUCAUAAAGAUUACAGUGGAAAGGAGUCCAUGGGAUGAGUUAGAAUUCAGUGUUCCAUAUCCUACAUCGUUCCAUCCACGCUCCGAAUCCGAUAUAGUCCAAUGGCAAAGCUACAUAAGAUCAAGAACUCGCCACAGCCUGUUUACCUUCGUGGGCGCGACGCGUACAAAAAUCAAGAAUGAUUUCAGGGGAUUGUUGAUGGACUACUGCAAGAGUGAGUCUGGAUCAUGUAGAGUAGUGGAUUGUUCUGUGACAAGAUGCUCAGACGGCGCAACGGCAAUACUUGAGGCAUUCUUGGAUUCAGAUUUCUGCUUGCAGCCGAAAGGUGAUGGUUCCACAAGAAGGUCAUUUUUUGACUGUAUGUUGGCUGGUUCAAUUCCUGUUUAUUUCUGGGAGGGGAGUUUUCAGGGUCAGUAUGAAUGGCAUUUGCCUAUCAAUGCAAAGACUUAUUCAGUUUUCAUAAGUCAUAAUGAUGUGAGGAAUGGAGAAAAUGGUACUGUAAGAAUUAGAAAGGUGCUUGAAGGGUACAGUAAAGAUGAAGUGAAGAAGAUGAGAGAGACAAUUGUUGAUCUUCUUCCAAGAUUGUUGUAUGCAGAAUCAAGUAAAGGUUUGGGGAAUAAUACCAAAGAUGCUUUUGAUGUCACUAUGGAAAGAGUGUUGAGAAGAAUCCAGCUUCAGAAUUUGAGGAAGAAGCAGAAUUUUUGAGGAAUUUCAAUUUUUUUCUUCAUGGAUUUUUGAGGAUACAAUUUGCAUUUUGCAGUGAAGGGGUACUUUUCAUUUUCAAUUUAUUCAUUUUUCCCCAUUUUCAUUGCCGUUUU